ACUCAAUCAGUUGCAAACUGCAAUCCGACGUGUGAACUGCGCUUAAUCCAGUAUUUUUUUCGCUAAACGCAGCAAAAACGAGUGACAAUUAAUUGAAAAGUGAAAGAUAUUAAGAAAGAAACGAAAACUUUUUUUCUAAACAAGAAACUUAUUAUAAAUACAAUAAAAAUCAAAUACAAACAAUUUAUAAAAUCGAUUUUUCGUAAAAACAAUUUUUUCAAUAAUUUUUUUUUUCGUAAAAACAAUUUUUGUUUGUCAAUAAUUUUUUUUAAAUCUAUUUUUCCCAACAUUUUUUUUUUUUAAAUUUUAUUUUUUCAAAAAGCUUUUUUUAUUGUUUAAAAUUUGAUUACCUGUUUUCAACCAAAAAAUGCGCUCCACAAGCUUUUUGUGUACGCUCGUCGCAUUAUGCGCCGUGCUGUCGUCAACUUAUGGCAGCAGCAGCGUGGCGACCAACUGUGCUGCUGGUGCAACAUGCCCGAUAAGUGGCAGCAGCACUACAGCUAGCACCACCAGCGCUACGACAGGCAAAAGUACCGAAAACAUUCAUAACGACAGCAACAACAACAAGCGCAUUUUCUUGAAAGAGAAACCAAAAGAACUGCAAACCUGUCAGCGUAAGUCAGCUGAUUUUGAUAAAUGCAUCGUAAAUGCCUAUCAAAAUAUAUUCAGCACUUGGAAGAAUGGUAUCGAUGGCGUCCCUCAUUCUACGCCCAUCGAUCCAUUAUUCGUAGAAGAAUUCGAAGUCAUCGAAGAUCGUGAAAACAUUACACCGAUUGCAGUGAAGAUUAAUAAUAUAACAGUAACCGGUUUGAGUGAGGCGAAGGUCAAGAGUGUCAACUUCAAGGAUAAUGAGUACGAUUUCAAAAUGACCUACUUAGUGCCGAAAAUACGACUUAACGGUCACUACACAGCCAAAGGACACGUGCUGCUACUCAAACUCGACACGAGCGGCGAAAUGUUUAUGGAAAUACUUGAGGGCCUCUACACCGUUACGACCAAGGUUAAGUUGAACACUUUGGAAAAUCACAAAUUUUUUAAUCUGAAAGCGCUACAAUUUAAUGUGGACUCCAUAAAGGAUUUGAAUUUGCACUUUGACAAUUUGUUCAAGGAUAAAGUGUUGAACGAGAAUACGAAUGCCGUGUUCAAUGACAGCUGGCGUGUAUUUUUCGACAUAUUCAAACCGAAAAUCGAAGCGGAAAUCAAUAAAGUACUAUUGGCGCACUUCCGCAGCGUGUUCGCACAGGUGCCGGCCGAGUUUUUCAUCGCCGACGUUGCAACAGCAGCGGUGGCGACUGCAGAGCAUGACACGACCCCUAGUACCGUACAUAGUGGUAACAUCAAAGAUAUUACGCAUUUGGAAUUGCAGCAGGCGCCAGCGGCCCACAGCAGCUCGAAAGCCGAGGAGAAGGCACACAAAUUGCAUUGAAUUUAAUGCUUGAGCGAAUAUAUAAUAAGCUAGUUGUGCGCAUUGCAUGAAGUACAUAUGUAUAUGUAAUUUAAUCGAUUAAAUAAUAACUUUCAAAAUAUA